GCUACUCAAAUCACCAGCCGUCCAAAAAUUGCGCUCAAUUCGGAUUUGCUUCUAUUCGCCAGAGCAGCUGAUGUGAAAGAAAAUGGUGUUGUCGAAGUCCCAGGUUGCGCAAUCACACUCCUAGAUGAAGCAUGUAUGGAUCGGCCACUGCCUGGCAGCAAAAUUUCUGUGUUGUAUUACCAGCAGUACACCGAUCGAAGUCGUGGCAUUGGCAUCUUUGCCACCACUGAUAAAACUAUUGUUGAUGGCAUUCAAGACGGUUAUUUUGCAACCAAGUCUGCAAUUAAAACAGAAUCCGAUUCUGAGGCAAUGGGAGAAGAGGAUGUGGAGGAAGAGGAAGUAUUCUGUGAUGCGGUUGAUGAUUUGAGCAAGAUGCUGCCAGAAUUGUUGUCGCCGCAAGUAAGUGAUUAG